AUGCCAAACACCCCAAUUAUCUCACUUACACCUCACCAUCUUGCAAAAUGCCUUUUGAAAGGCCCUGCCUAUGUUGAUCAAAACUGCACAUAUUUUGCUGGAAAGGAUUUUGUUGACUUUGGGAAUGUUAAUUGGUCAACAGUGAUGAAGGAACAUGGUGUCAAUGAUUCAAGUCAGGUUCUUAUAUUCUUUGAUGAUCAUCAAAAUGAGUUGAAAAGAUUAAAGCAAGCACUUAAAGUUGUCUUCUCUCAUCUUGUAUUUGAAGACACCUAUGAUACUGGAACAGGAUAUCAUUAUUCCCUGAGACAACGGCAAAAAUUAGAUGUUGAACCAUUCUAG